GCCUGGCCGGGUCCGGUCCCUGCGGAGCCGCUUGCCCCGGAGCCAAACCCCCUCCCCGGCAGGACCAGGCAGUGUGACCAACAUGGAGCUGGAAGGGAGCCGAGCUACCCUGGAGGAGGAGGAGGAGGAUGGCACCAAAUCCAAUCUGGAGACAGCGGAGCUGCCGUCCUGUCCUGAGACUGCAGGCGCCCGGGCAAAGGACCAAUGCGAUUCCCUACUGGACUCCAUCGACGCUCAGCUCAGCCAGCUGCUGGGCCCUGGUGCAGGAGUCGCAGGUGGUCGCAUGAAUGGAGACACCUCCUUGGAAUGCUCCCCCAAGGCCUCCUGGACAGCAGAGAUGGAAGGAUGCUGUGAAAACCUGGACGGCACCUCCUGGGGCGAAGCCAGCUCCUCUCGGAAGGAGGAGUACGGCUGGAGGCUGAUGCAUCUCCUUGGCUCCAAGCAAGCCCCGGAGACCCUGGGGGACCAGAGUGACUCGAAUUCCAUCUGCACGGAGGACUUUGCUGCCAGGUUUCGGGAAGGCAUGGUCGACCCCCUGGUGAAUUCUGAUGAGGAAGGGGAUGUGCCAGCUCGGAGUUUCCCAGCCGGAGACCCUGCUGAAGAAGGGCACAUCACGGGAAUCAAAGCCAGGCCCGCUGGUCUCUGCCCCACCGUGGAGGCAUGUGGGGCUGCUGCAGAGGGCUUCAUGCUCAGUACAGCGAGGAGGCAGCACAUCCUGCAGCGGUUUGAGGAGGGCCUAGAAGAGGACUCAGCCCUGGCUUUGUCCAGCAGCAUGGAAGGACCCCAGUCCCUGAGCUCUAGGACCAGGAGAGAGAGCCUGGAGUCUCUGGGGGGCAGGAUAUCCAGGCUGAGCCGGAGCAACACCAUGGACACCCCAAGCAGCACAGACAUGGGAAAAGCCAGCGCCACAGGAGGCCGGGCUCCCGGACUAGCUCUGCCUGAGCGGGUGGAGACCUCAGAGGAAAGCGUUCCUUGGCCCCUGGAGGGCUCUUCCAGAUGGGGCCAGAACUCCUGGGAAAACUCCCUACCUUUCAGCAGCCCAUUGCUCGUGGAGGAGCUGUGUCCCAGCCAGCCACUGAGAGAUCUGGGUGCUGGUGCUGGCACAAGAGCCUGGGCCAGAGAGUCCCACCCUGUGAGGACAGCUCCGAGUCCGUCCGGGAGGAGACAAACUGCAUAUGGACACGUCUGGUCCGACAGUCCCUCUCACUUCACACCCACAGCAGCCCACGGCAGCCCUUCCCUGGCUUCCAAAGGGGAGAAGAGCCCCCAGCUAAUAGCAUCCCCCUGCCCCAACCAAAGGCUGCCCCCGGAGAAGCUGGGAGAUCAGAGCUCAGCUUUGCAAGGGUUUAGUGCCACAACACAGCUGGCUAGUAGCCCUGAAAGUGCCCAGACACCCCCAGCUGUGGUUAGUGACGGCUGCGUGGUGAUGCAGGGUGGGGUUGGUCCAGGAGAUCCUGAGAGGGAGGCCCCAGAGCUGCUGCAACCAGGGUCAGUGAUUCCCCAGAGACCGUCUGGAAGGGGCAUCACUCAUGCUGCGGCUAGCGGAGGCAGGGAGGGAACCUGGCGGAGCUGGGAGCUGCAGGCUGGGCCAGCGGAGAGGGGAGCUCGUGGCCUGACACUGUGCGUCCCCGUCACCAGUUUCGACACCGUCACCAUCGACAGUGACCUGGACUCGGUGAGGACGGAGACAGUCCAGGUUCACCUCCGCAAGGCCAUUGGCCGCCGGAGAGCUCCAGGCUGCAGCACCAAGGGGCCCCGCUGCCCACGGAGAGACUCGUUGGGGUGCCUGGGCUCCAGCAGUGCAGUCACUGACGAAGAGGAGGAGGCGGAGGAAGAGUUCCUGUGGUCUCGUGGCAGUGCCGACUGGAGGAGCAGCAGCCCUGUGAGGUGGAGCUCAAUGCCACGCAGGGCAGAGUCCAGCUGGGAGGGUACCAGGAAGGAAGCCUGCACGGAGCACCAGGACCUGGGCACUGAAGAGGAGAGGCUGUUGCAGAGGAAAUCCCAGCUACACAAGGCUGACUUGUCCCUGAGUGACAUCCUGGGUCAGAAAAAGCGCGCGGUCCAGGACCUGGAGUCGCUGCAUGGAGCCUUGGAGAGAAGCCAGAAGGAGGCAGAGACGCUGGAGUCCUGCCUGAAGGAGACUCGGAGCAAAGCGGAUGAAGCCAGGGCAGACCUGCUGCUGCUGCAGUACAGACGGGACUCCUGCCUGCGGGAGCUGCCGGAGCUGGAGAAGGAACUGAGUGUGCUGAGACAGCAGCACUCCACCAUGCACAGCACCCAGCUAGGGGCCUUCCAGGCCGAGGUCUCCUCACUAGCGGCCGAGCGGGAGGAGCUGAAGGCCCGUGUGCGUCACCUGGAGAGCAGCUUGUCCUUCCUGGAGCACCAGCUGAGCUGCUGCAAGGCAGAGUUGUUCUCUGAGCAGCGGGCAGCCAGAGCCAGGAUCGAGGAGCUGCAGGAGUGCCUGGAGGAAGCUCAGAACAAGCUGGAGGAGAGGACGGCAGAGGGGACAGAGCUCCAGGAGGAGACCACGCGACUGAGACUGCAGCUCAGGGAGCUGGAGAGGAUACCAGCGGCCCCCAGAGCCUCUUGGAGCCCGUGCCGGUUUGUGAUGGUUACACAGAGCUCUCUGUUCCAGAAGCAGGCAGCAGCUCUGAGUGGGCAGAUCCGAGACCUCCGAGUGCAGGAGACGGAGCAGGAGCUGAGACUCUCUGCUCUGAAGAAGAUCCUGUUGGAGAAGGAGCUAGAGCUGGUGAGGCUGCAAGAGGUCAUCUGUGCCCUGACGGCCGAGAAGGAAGCUCAGCAACGCGCUAUGGAGAACCUGAGAGAAGAACAUGACAGGCAGCUGGGGAAGAUGCAGCAGGAGAAGGAGCUGGAGUGGGCCCAGCAGAGGGAGGCGCUGCAGUGUCUGAAGCAGCAGGAGCUCCAGGAGUUCGCAGAGAGUUUGGAGCACGUGAAGGCCAGGGCCCUCCAGGAUCAAGCCGCCUCCUUCCAGAAGGAAGUGGAGAAUCUCACCAGGGUGAUUGAGGCCCGAGAUGAAGAGGUUCGGAGGCAGCGGGAGACCAUGCAGCAACAGACGGAGUCUACACAGCAGCUGGUCAGAGAGCUGAAGCAGGAAGCCAAGGAGAUGGUUCAGAGUGCUCUGCUUCAGGAGCAAAGGAAGUGGGAGGCUGAGAAGAGGGAAGCCCUCCAGGUGCAGUGUAGGACACUGGAAGAGCAGAGCCAGAGAGCGCAUGCGGAGGCCCUGGACAAAGAGAGGAGGACGGUGUCAGUUUUGCAGAAUAAAACCCUGGAGUACCAGCAGAGAAUUCAGGAGCUGGAGCUCCACGGCCGCUCGCUCCAGCAGGAGAAGCAGGAGGCACUGGACGAGCUGCGGACGUUGCUGCAGGAGGAGAAGAUGGAGGCACUAAGGAGACUGUGCGAGGAGCUGGAGCAGGAGAGGGCUCGUGAGAGUGAUCGGCUGAGAGUGACGCUGCAGCAGCUGGAGAAGGAGCAGAGCCACUUGCGGGCUGCGCAGAAUGAAAUGUCCUCCCGGGAGCGGGAGGCGCAGUCCCAAGCUGAGCAGGCCGAGCGCUCCCUGGCCAGGGAGAUCGGCUUGGCCUGCCAACGCCUACAGGACCUUCUUCCUGAGAGAGGCAGGGGGCUCAUGGCUCAUGGGAGCCCAGCUCCCCUCUCGGCCAGCCACGCACUCCAGCUCCUGCAUGCAGUGACCGAGGAGACCCAGCGCUACCUCGGAGCCUUGCAGCAGGAGCUGGAAGCUCAGAAUCGCACCAUGCUUCACUUCCAGGAGGAGAAGGAGUGGGAGCUGAGGCAGCAGCGAGAGCAGCUUCACUUGGAGAGCAAGGAAGCCCUGGAGGCCCUGAAGGAGCAGCUCAUCCAAGAGCACCUCCAGGAGAUCGCCAGCCUGCAGCGCAGCCAGCUGAAGGAGGCCGGGGACGGGGAGCAGCAGAUGCUGCGCCAGCAGCUGCGGGAGAAGGACCAUGAGCUGCGGGCCAUCCAGAGGAGCAUGGCCCACUGGAAAGACCAGACCACCUGCAAGCUGGCCCGCAAGUUUGAGGAGGAGCUGAAUGCGGCGCUGGAGACGCGCUUUUCCUGGGACAGACCAAGGGGCCUUCGCAGGAGUGUGGAGAGACUGGACGCAGAAAUUGGGCGGCUUUCCACGGACCGGAGCGAGCACACCCAUCUCUGCCCCACCGCCUCCUCCUCCUCCACCCCACUCGGGCAGCACGGCUUUGUGUCCUCAAAGCUCCUGCGCCAGCUGCAGGGCCGCGUGAGGGAGCUGCGGGCAGAGAAUGCCCUUUACCGGGGGCGCAGCCUGGAGGACCUCGCCGCCCUGCGGGCAGAGCCAGGCCAGAAGGGCAGAGAAAAGAGGUACCUGACCGCAGCUCUCUCUGUCCCACAGUUCCAUGGGGCGAGCUGUAGGAAGUAGCAUGUGUGCUGCUGGGGAACAGGAAGCUGAGCAGGUGGAAGAGUCGUCUCCUGUGGAUAGACAGUGCGUGGUGGAGGCCUGGCUAUAGCAGGGGUGGAGUCACGCUCGACUUAGAGGGUAUCCAGUGGCGCAUUCGCUGCUUCCGGGAGUCAGGAAAGAAGCCGAUCACAUGAGCUUGAGAAGGACCCAGGACGCUCUCCACUGAGCAACUUGUGUGGAAGCGUCCCCGUCACGAACUCUUGGCUGCUCUUCAUGCUCCUGGGCUCAGUUUCCUGCUUGGCGAAGCAAGGCCCUUGUUCCCUUCCAAUCAGACCCCUUGCAGUCGGUGGGGGAAGACGGGAGUGAUCGGUCAGGGAGGGGAUCUCGGGCUGGGGCCAGUCCAAAGAGCAAGUCCAGGCAAACACUGGAGCCCAAGUGGAAGA